AUGACAAACUCACCUUACGAACCGAACGACCAACCAGUAGAAAAUAGUCACUUAACUCAACCAUAUCGGCCACCAGACGAACAUCCAAAAAAGCGCCACCAUGUCCGCAGGCGGUCUUCCUAUCCUUCGACCAUACGCCUCGUUCUUGGCCACUUGCUCUCCUUUUUAGAAUUUCUUCUGUUCAAAUUGUUUGAAUCCAAUAAUCUACCAUUGGUCUUGAACUUUAUCUACCACGGCUUCUUAGCAAGGCAGUUCACUAGACAUUCAAAUAGAUAUUUACAAAAAAAUAUGUCAGAGGCCAAGCCAGAAACGCUCGGUUUUUUGACAAGACUCUUCAAAAGACAUUCAAACACGUCUCUACCACAGACUAAUCCACCACAAAUAGCUGUUGAUCUUUUGGAAUAUCUUGGUGGCGUGCAACUUGCUCUUUCAUUGUUGUCUUUACUAGCAUUGAGGCUAACAGACAAAGCUUUGAGUUCGCAGAAAGUCGUAUUAUUAGUCCUUGCUGCUGCAGACGGAACUAGAACAUGGUUUGAUGUGAAGCAUUGGAGAAAUGGGACUUGGAAUGGGAAUAUACUUCGGGAAAUAGCAAGCGGAAGUUUGUUGUUUACUUUAAUGAACGUUAUAGCUUACAUAUCUUCAGUGAGGAAGAGUGGUGCAUUGCUGUGA